AUUUGAGCCACUAGAGCAAGCAAUAAGAGAUCUUCAGUCCAAAACUGAGCAAUUAAGCAAACAACUUUCUGAUAUUCCUCAAAAAGACACAGAUAAGGAAGCUCCAAAGAACAGCAAUGAGUUGACAAAUAUUGAUCUGAAAACUCUCAGAAAAUGGUGAAUGGAACUUGAAGCUAGGGUAAAUACUUCAGAAGCAGAGAUCAGUAAAAAUGCCAAAAGGGUUAAUAAAUGCAAUGAUUCUUUGAAUUGCUUUAAAAGAAAUAUACAAGAGACACAAACAUUACAGGAAGAAAUUGGCAAUAUCAAAGAUCAACUUCUGAAGAAAAUGAGAGACUCUAAAGCUCUUCCAGACACCAGGAAACAAGUAACAAACUCUGUGAAAGAGAAUAUUAAAAGAUUUACCACUAAAAAGGGACAUUGGCCAUCGCAAGAAGGAAAGCAGAUAACUACUUUGAAGGAUAGAUCCUCUUUGUCAAAGUCUGUAAGAGGAACAAAGAAAAUCAAACCGGCAAGCACCAGGAACUCCAUAGAAAGAGCUGAUAAAACUGAAAGAGCUGUGAAGUUAUCUUCUAAUGUAAAGAAACUGAACCGGAUGCUAAAGAACAACUUCGGGAACCAGAUGCAAGAGUCUUCACGAACAAUGAUGAAGACAUCGAAGGAAAUCAUAAAAAUACCGAAUCUGAAUUCCUUCAAACCAAUGAACCAAGACCAUACAGAAGAGAAUGACUCAGAAUUGUCGAACCAGAAGGACAAAAAUCAGCACAGAAGUAUACAUGAGAAGAGUCAAAUCAGGUCAGCCAUGGUAUCCCAUAGAAGAAGUGUCAGUAUAAACUCCAAUCUAAUCGAACUUGAAAGAAGCCGAGUUGGUCAGAAAGGAAAUAAAAACGAGAGAUUUUUGAACUUGAACUUAGAUAAUUUCAUAAACACUCAGCCCUUGAUCACAGAAAUCAACAAAGGUUCUCCAAGGACAUUGGUUCCCAUACAAGUGGAGUAUGAAGAUAUUCAUAAUAUAUCCAGUACGAAACAUGGGGAAGUCUCUAUAAACACCAAGGGUAGAAAGAAGCUGCCACUGCUCUAAAUGCCUUAAACAUAAGUUCCAGUGAAUAAGUAUCAGAGACAUCUUUGGGUGGGUAAAAGUAACUCAAUUCCAGAA